AUGGCUGCAAUCCAAGUGCCUUUCGAAGCGGGCAAAGCGAUCAGCCAAUCAUUGAAGUGUUUCAAUGACAGGCAGUCGGCCUAUACAUGCACAUGUGGUAGUCCGGGCAACCGAACUAUCACAUUCGAGCCAGCCGACGUCGUUUUUGUUCUCAACGACACUCCGGAGAGCGAUACGCACCUCACGACAGCCUCAGACUAUCUCUUCAGUUUUCCGGAUGGAGGAGAGAGCUACGCACCUAUCGCUCUCAUUGUAUCAUCGCCGGAGGACGACGUCCUCGUCGUUCCUCGAACUCGAUUCCACACACUCUACGGCGACGAGUACGGAGCGUACGCUCUCUACGGUGUGAUCUACAUGAAGAAUAGUCUUCCCACGUUCCCUCGCUUGUUGUAA